AUUAAAAAUAAGUUUCCCGCGCACAAUGCAUUCUGGGAUUGAUUUGGUGAUAUGAAAUCAAAACAAACGCUCUAGUUGAUGAAAAUGGCUGGUAGCUGGAGCUUUUCAAACUUUACAUCAUCAAAAAAAAUAAUGUUAUGUUUGUGAAAUGGGUGGAAAUGAUUUUUGUGCAGUAUAUGGUUGUUCUAACUGUAGAAGCAACAAAGAUAAGCUCAUCGUGAAAGAUCAUGUGGGUAUCCUGAGAUGGCAUAGUCCCAAAACGAAAGCUGACAUGCAACUUUGGGGAAAGAUGAUGCAAAGAGGAGGAAACUUCAAAAUAUCUAUGAGUACAAAGGUGUGCUCCAAUCACUUCACUGCAGGAUAUUGUUCAGAUGUGUGUCGAAUACCGACUUUAUAUAUGAAGGGAUACGAUCAGCAACUGCCCAAAGAACGCCAAGGAGCAGUUAAACGAAGCAGUUCUAUUGACUUUGAAACUCCUGUGAAAAAAAGAUCACGACAUGUCACUCGAAAAUCAACCGAUGAACCUCAAAAUGAUAUCCUUCUUUCACCAACUCCGAAGGAUCAUGAUUAUGAGAUAAGCGAGGUAGAUAUGACUUCUCCACAUUCUAGAACUGUAGCUUUUGUCCAAUGUAGAGGAUGUAAAAACACAAGAAAAAAAUUGGUGAAAACUGUUGAGCAAGACAUAAUUCAGAAAAGUAUUAUAAAUGAUCUUCAAUAUGAAAUAACAUUAUUGAAAUCAGAGUUGAAAAGCCGAAGUACCUUUGCAGUGUCGGAUGUUAAAGAAAAUGACGAUUUGUUUAAAUUUAAUACCGGUCUACCAAACUAUACUGUUUUCAAAUGGCUCUACGAUAAAAUUCAAUUCAAAGCAAAAAAUCUCCAAUAUUAUCGAGGAGUUGGGUCAUUUCAACCAAAGCGACAUCAGGUUCUGAAAAAAAAGAAAAGUGGCAAAUCAAGACAAAACAUUGUAAUAUUCAUUGCUUAACUUCUGCUCUGGCAAGCAUAUACCUCGAACAAAACAAUACUGAAUAUUAUUACUGAUAUUGUGCGACAUAACAUUGUCCAAAUGGUUAGAUGCUAGUAAACUCUGUCCACCCUUGAAUGCUUUCCCAGCAUCAUUUUUGUCUAAAUAUUCUUUUACGUCACCUUGUGUUGUAUUUGGUAAAUAAGAUGGAGCCUUCAUCCAGCCAUCGAUUAAUGUCCGUGGAUUUGGUAAUUUAACAAGACCACCUUCAAGAUGCAAUUUCGAUGAUCGAUCAUUAAGAAUUUCAGCCUGUUCUUCUUGGGGGUCCAGAAAAACUACAGGAAGUUGAAGAUUAUAAGCGGAAUAUGCAUUCAAAACAAGUUGCUCCUUUCUACCAGAUCGGUUAAUUCCCCUAUCUUGUAAAAAAUCUUGUAACUGUGCUACUGUCCAUUUACUAAAAUUUUCCUGCACCAUACCAGGGUGAGUGGGAGGAUAUUUUUCUCCAUGAAGAAUUUCCUUUCUAUAAUUUACAACAGAGUCGCUGCUACUCUGUUUGGUGAAAUCUACACCUGCAGUCCAAAAUGAAACCACUUUCUCUAACAGUGCUUCCUUCUUUAAAUUCGAGGUUCCUUUGCUGUUGUUGGUAAGUUUCAGGAACAUUUUAAGGUCGACGAUGCUCCACGUGCGAAAUAUUUCACUUUCCGAAUCUUCUUUUAACCCCUUGUGGGAGAAUCUUUCAAUAAUUUCAUUAACUUUUGGAGACAUUUUCUUUUCGUUUAUAACUUUCUACUGAUCAGAUCAAAAUGGCUCUUCUCGAAGAAGCGGCAGGAACGUUAUCACCAAAUCAAUCCCAGAAUGCAUUGCGCGCGGGAAAUUUAUUUGUAAUCGCAAUAUCGUCUAUUUGUUACAAGUUAAUUUUUUUCUAUUCGUACGUGACUCUCACGUACUUUAUUAUUUUUUUUCUAUUCGUACGUGACAUUCGUGUACUUUAUUAUUUUCUUUACAUUCUUUCGGGAAACUCACGUACUUUAUUUAUUUAAAAUGAAUCUGGGGGAAUUAAAAGAAAUUUAGAGAAAUUCACAGUAUGUAUAUAUUUAGAAAAGAGCAUUCUUAACAAUCUUUUUUAUGUUUAUCUGAUUUAUGGCUGCGGUGUGUCGUACGGAGCAAGGUUUGCAGAACCAGCUCCGCUGGCAUUUUUGUUCUGCCAAUACAAGAUAGAUGGCA